AUGUUGGGAGCCAAUCACAGCGCCCUCCCCCCAGCCACCUACAUCUUGAUUGGCAUACCUGGGCUGGGGGCAUCUCACAUCUGGAUCUCCAUCCCCUUCUGCCUAAUGUAUGUCGUCACUCUCCUUGGGAAUGGUAUCUUGCUAUACAUCAUCCUUACAGAGCGUAGCCUUCAUCGACCCAUGUUCCUCUUCAUCUCCAUGUUGGCUACCGCUGAUGUACUUCUCUCCACCACCACCGUUCCAAAGACGUUGGCCAUAUUCUGGUUCCAGGCUGGGGAGAUCUCCUUCAAGGCAUGCCUAGCCCAGAUGUUCCUCAUCCAUACAAUCUUCAUUGCCGAGUCAGCCGUCCUCACGGCCAUGGCCUUUGACCGGUACAUUGCCAUCUGUGACCCACUGCGGUACACCACUGUGCUCACCAAUUCUGCCAUCAGGAGAAUUGGGCUGGCUGCCAUCACCAGAGGCUUCUGCUUGAUUUUCCCUGUCAUCUUCCUUGUCAAGCGAUUGACUUUCUGCCAACGCAACGUCCUUCCUCACACAUACUGUGAGCACAUGGGCAUUGCCCGGUUGGCUUGCUCCGACAUCACAGUCAAUAUCUGGUAUGGCUUCAUGGUGGCCAUUUUGGCCAUAGGUCUAGAUGCCUUGCUGAUAGCAGUGUCAUACGGGCUGAUCCUUAGGGCUGUCUUCCGGCUCUCUUCCAAGGACGCUCGGCUGAAGGCUCUCAGCACCUGCAGUUCCCAUCUGUGCAUCAUACUGAUGUUCUACACACCUGCGUUUUUCUCAUUCUUUGCCCAUCGCUUUGGCCAUCACAUCCCAAGCUACAUUCACAUCCUUCUGGCCAACAUGUAUGUCCUCAUCCCUCCCAUGCUGAAUCCCAUUGUUUAUGGGGUGAGAACUAAGGAGAUUCUGAGAAGGGUAACCAAGCUGUUCCAUCAAUGUUUCACCAAGUCAAUUACCUAA